UAUCACUAUUUUAUUUUAAAAUUUUUUUAUUUAAAGCAUCGCGAUUUGCAAUAUCAAAUAAAAAUUAUAAUAUUGUUAUAACUUGUAACGCAAUCACAGACAGACUGCAAACUGCAGAGUGCAGCUGUAAAUGCAUAAUAUACACAUGAUACUACACUCAUUAAUUUAUUAUUAGACAAGUAUUGCGUUUAAACUCUUGGUGAUCGUUUUUAUCGAUAAUUUUUUUUUUUUGUCAUCUAUCCGAAAUUUAAAUCGUGUUAGCCGUCAUUAAUUUUUUAAAAAUUUUCGUUUUUUUGUCUCCACAAACGUGUUUUUUAUUUUUUUCAUAAGCCCUCAAUGAACAAUAAUAUACAAUAAAGCAGUGUGAUUUACAAAGUGUUAGUCAUAAAUAUAUAAAUCAAUUUUUAUAACGAUGGCCGAUAGCGACAGCGAUGAUAAUUUAUUGUCGGCAGACUUUUUGGAACCGGGCGAACUACUUGACUCCGAUGAUGAACAGUUAGACAACAACAGUACGGCAGCAAGAACUAGUCAGUCGUUACCCCAGAAUAGACCCAAGUUAAACAGAAAUACAUUCCAAACAUCUGCCGUGACAAGUCAAACUGAACACCAAAAGUGUACUUCGGACAUCACCAAUAAUCAAAUUCAAUAUGUCCUAAACAGUUUGGGUAUGGACAAAAACAACAAAGAUAUUCAGCUAAAUGCUUUGCAUCUACACGGAGUCAUGGGUAUGAAUGCCAAGGACAUUAUCGAAUAUUUUGGUGAAUACGACGCCAAAUUUUUAGAAUGGGUAUCAAACACUGAAUGUAAUGUGGUAUGGUUGAAUGAUCGCUUACCUACCAAAGCGUUGUUGAAUUUGACUCGGCCAAUACGAGAGCUUAAACAUUUAACAUCUGCAGUAGACGACCAAUUGACUAACGAAGACUUUAACACCAUUUCGAAUGAUGAUCAUAUGGAUCAAGACGAUGUACUAGUGUCGGAAGACUAUGUGAGCUGUGUUGGUAUUACUUUGCCACCAGGUAUGUGGCGAAAAGCAAUCAAGCCGCAUCCGAAAGCCAAAUGCAUUCUAAUGAGGUAUAGUACAAUCCAUGACAAGCAAGACGCCAAGAACAAAAACGACACGGCCGAAGACGGGGAUUACGAAUUAUUUUCACAAGACAGCCGUAAACGUAAGUUUGUACCAGUUAUUAAUCAUCCAGAUAUUGGCGAUGAGGUAUUGAAAGAUGAUGUGCGAUGGAAAUUAGCCAAAGAGCCAGGACUUACGACUUGGACAGCUGUCGCAAAGACUUGGAGCCAAUAUGACAAUGCGAUGGAUGCGAAAUAUAAAACAAAAGUACGUACUCCGUCGCCACCGCCUCCAACAUCGUCUUCCGGAGCAGCUAGUGAAGACGACGAUGACGACUUUACUGAAGCUAGGUAUAGAGAGAGUAAAAUCCCAAGAAUGAGAAUGUACGCUGACGAUGAAGCUCAGACUCCGAUUCGGAAACGGGUUAACUCGUUUUCAAAUUCAAGACAUCAAACGAACAUUGCCAAUGACUUACGUGAACGACUUAAUGGACGUUUAGUAUCGGCUAAGGUUGCCAAAGCGAUGCGUGCUGCCAAAGGACAUCAGUAUAGUGAUGAUGAAUCAUUUGACGUUGAUAUUGAGGACGUACAUGAUAAUUAUGAAGGCGUGCAAUUUAAUCGUGUGACGCGACGUGAUAUACCGCGUCGUCAGUAUCAGUAUGAAGACGACAACACUAGUGAAGAAGAGGAAGUGUAUGAAAAAAGACAUAUUAAAAGUAGAUUGGGUCCUUACAGAAAACAGCAUGGCAAUCGGAAUAGCUCCCGAUCGGUGUCUCCUCUUCAGAUUCAUAUAAACAACGACAAAUACUAUAAACGUACAAACAGGCGUUAACACGCAAAUUAAAUUAUUUAAUUGAAAUUUUUUGAAAUGUUAUAAUAAUUAUUGUAAUUGAAAAAUCGAUUAGGUAAUAUAAGUCUUUUGUUUGCUUUUGAAUUUUUUUAAACAACUAAGGUUUUAUUGUAUUGUAAAAAUAUACAAAAAUUGAUUGACAUCA